CACAGCACCAUGCACCACCGCUCAUCACCCCACACAUCACACAACCCCACCGCUCUGUCAUCACAGCCAAUCACAACACGCCACGUCACCUUGCCACCCCCCAAAACCCACCCAAAUUCUCACCGGCGGGAACACGAGUGAGAAGAAAGCUUGCGCAACACGAAUCUCUCUCUUCCGCGUUUUUUCCCCUUAAACCCUUAUAAAAACCCUAACCCCGAUUAAAAAACCCCAAACUUUACCCACUCUCUCUUAUUUAUAUAUGAUUCGAUUGCUUCUUCUUCGUUUCGAGUUAAAAUUCUCCGCACUGCGAUGGAACAAGAAGAAGAACCACAACAAAAUGAGCCACCUCACUCUCACUCUCACUCUCAAUCCCGGUGCGUGACGCUACCUCCCGGUUGCCGGUUCCAUCCUUCGGAGGAGCUUCUAUUGAGUUACUACCUCACCAACAAAAAUGGCACGGGGAACUGGAAUGGUAACGGUGGUUUGGGAUUCGAUGGUUCUGAUUUGAUUCGGGAGCUGGAUUUUUACGAUUACGAUCCUUUUGAACUGCCGGAUUUUGCGUGCUUUGCGUACGGCUACGGCGGGAGGAGGAGGCACUGGUACUGUUUCACCACCGUUAGGGUUUCGAGGGGAGAGAGGUGGAAGAGGAAGAGGAAGGUUAAGAGUGGGUUCUGGUUGAGGAGGGGAAGGGUUUCGAAUGUUAACGGUGUUGGGGAGAACGUGGUUUUGGGAACGAGGACGAGGUUCGUUUUCUAUAUGGGUGAUUCGGCGAAGAACGGUGCCAGGACGGAUUGGGUUUUGUAUGAAUACGCAUUGAUUGAUCAUGUUAUGGCCUCUUUUGUUCUUUGCCGGGUAUUUAGUAAGCCUCGAUAUAAGAAUAGUGCAUCAGACAUCGGCCUGAGUUGUUGUGCAGAAGAGAGUGUAUCGGCAGUGCGCCAUAUUGGUAUUCAGCAUGAUGAACAUGUUAAAUUGGAUGCCGUUGAAGCUAAAGUAUGUGAUGAUAUCUCCAUUGACCACAACAAUGAAAUAUGUGCUGGUGGAAACAGCGAUAAUCAAGUUAAGAAUGCACAUGACAUAGAUGCUUUACGAUGUUUGGCGGGUCCUCAGGGCAGUCAGCAGCUAUCAAUUGCAAACUUCUACGUCAGCAAUAAUCUGAAAAGUCUAGUCAGAAAUGGGGCUAUCAGUGUCGGGGAGUCAUUUAGCGUUUCUAUCUUCUUUACAAUUACCUUCCCCCUUUUUAGAUUUGCUGGAUUUGAGAACUCAUUCAUAUGUUGUUGGUUGCGUGCCCCUUUUUUUUCCUGCUAAUAUCAUUAUUAAUAUUUGAUUAAAUAUGUUAUGCUUUCUUCUGAAUGGGAAAACAUAUUACUGGUCAGUAGAAACCGCUAUAAGUAAAUUUAGCAGUAAUAUGUCGUUCCAUCCAGCUUGCUUUCCAGCAGACUUUCGCUUUAGCAUGCUCUUUUGCCAGUGACCCUGUUCUUUUCAUUUUGUAAUUGGUAAUAGAAUUUAAUUUUGAUGCACUAUUAGUGUAGAAAAGUUCUACAUAAGCAUCCAGUCAUAUAUUGUUACAUGAACACAAAUGUUUGACUCAACUACUCACUAAUCACUACAUUAAAAAUCUAGCAAAUAAAUAUAUAUGAUUGGAUGAUAAUGUAAAGUUUUCUUUCAAACUCACAGUGCAUCAAAAUUAAUAUCUAGUUAUUAUGCGGUAGAAAGGAAAUUAUUGCUAAAAACAUUAAACCCUUUUGUGUGUUAUUGAUGAUAAUCAGGAAGGGCUUCCUUUACUCCCCAGCGGUAGUACAAUGUUCAUUGAAGCAAUUUCAUCUCAACAACAAUUACUUUCCAUCACGGAGGAAGACUUCAUAGAGUUGAAUGAUCUUACAUGAAUUGGAUGGCUUUGAGAAAGAUUUCAAUAUUAAUCCUGCUCUCAGGAGUAUUCCCCUGAAACUCAUUAGUUCCGAAUGGGUAAAUAUCCCAUCAAAGUGGAUAAACAUUCACAACGUCGGAGAAAUAUUUACGAUAUCAGGUAAACCUUUGGCUGUCAUAUGAAGAUCAUAUUGUCAGAUCAGGUGAAGGAAAACAUCACAGGGUGAUCGCUUCACAAAAUAAGGUAGUUACUUUGAUGACAUUUCAGAGUACGUUAAAGUCUUGAGCCAUACCGGAGGAUAUUUAGUAGAUAUUGGUUUUGGGCAUGCAGAUUUUCAACUUUGCCUACUGAAAGGCAAGUUAUGCAACUGGCUCCAGAGGAAUAGAGUUAGGAGUUAGUUUAUUGGCAUUGGUGAUUGCAAUAUGCAAUUUACUUAAGUAUGGCAAACCUGACGUUAGUUCCUCAUGGUGACAUUGAUCCCUUGAUUUUGGCAGCAUAUUUAAUAUUUAUCUUUUACUAGGGUUUGGAGUUGUUAGAAUUUUCCAUCUACCCAAUAGCAAAGCAUAUUCCCAGUAGUCUCCUCUCCUUUCAUCUUCAUAGCUUAUAUUGUUCAAGGAGCAAAUAUGAUAAAUUCCAUAUUGUGGAUUUUUUUUUUUAAAGCGGUUAAAUCAGGGAUUGCUUAUGAUGAUGAUUUAUAUUAUACUUUUUUCAUGGAA